UUCCCUGAUAUUAGGGUUCAAUUGUCAUUCUUUCUACUGUCUCUGAACCCAAAGUCCCAAUACUCAAUCUAAAUUGAUGAACCUCAAACCGAGAAACCCUUUACUUUCGUUCCUAAUCUCAAACCCCUCGUACGAACCCACCAAGCUUUAUCUUCUUCCUCCCUAUUUCCAUCAAUGGCGAGGCAUAUCCAAAGUUCGCCUCAAAUGGGUCAAGAACAGAAGCCUUGACCACAUAAUCGACAAGGAUACCGAACUCAAAGCCGCUUGUCUUCUCAAAGAUGCCAUUAAAAGGUCCCCCACCGGCUUCCUCACCGCCAAGUCCUUUACCGAUUGGCAGAAGCUUCUAGGCCUCACCGUACCUGUUCUCCGGUUCAUGCGAAGGUACCCAACAAUCUUUCAUGAAUUUCCACACGCCCAAUACUCAAAUUUGCCUUGUUUUAAGUUAACGGACACUUCACUGUUGUUAGACUCACAAGAACAGAGUAUACACCAAGCUCAUGAAAACGACGCCGUUGAGAGGCUUUGUAGACUGCUUAUGAUGACCAAAACUAGAACUUUACCGCUUAAAUCUUUGUAUCCGAUCAAAUGGGAUCUGGGUUUGCCUGAUAAUUUUGAGAAGUUAAUGGUUCCUAAGUACCCAGAUCUUUUUCGGUUCAUUAAGGCCUCAAAUGGGUUGAAUUGCUUGAGGCUUUUGCAAUGGCGUGAUGAUUUAGCUGUUUCAGCAUUGGAAAUGAGUAAGGAGAAUAGUGAAGUGGGGGAUGAGUAUAGGCAAUUUAAGAGAGGUCAAACGACAUUGUCGUUUCCCAUGAGUUUUCCAAGGGGUUAUGGAGCUCAGAAGAAGGUUAGAGAGUGGAUGGAGGAGUUUCAGAAAUUACCAUACAUUUCUCCUUAUGAGGAUUCCAAGAAUAUUGAUCCCAAUAGUGAUUUAAUGGAGAAAAGAGUUGUUGGGCUUCUACAUGAGAUUUUGAGCGUGACUCUUCACAAAAAGACAAAGAGGAACUAUUUGAGAAGCAUGAGAGAGGAGUUAAAUCUUCCUCAUAAGUUUACAAGAAUCUUCACUAGGUACCCUGGGAUUUUCUACUUGUCCUUGAAGUGCAAAACAACAACAGUUUCUCUUAGAGAAGGGUACCAAAGAGGGAAACUGGUGAACAAACAUCCCUUGACUCGUGUUAGAGAGAAAUUUUAUCAUGUUAUGAGAACAGGUUUGCUUUAUAGAGGCAAAGGUGAAAUCCUUCUACCAAAAGUGGGUAUUAUGCUUGACAAUGGGGAGACUGAAAGUGAGCUAGAAGAAUCUGAAGAAGAGGAAGAUGUUGAUGUUGAUGGUGAAGGUGAAGGUUCUGAGGACAUUUCUGACUUUGAAGACUCUGACGAAGUUUAGUACUUCUUUCAGGGAUACCAAGAAAGUUUUUUCCUCUUCAUAAUCAUCAACUUUCCCAGAUAAUUUUUCCUAUAAAAAGAAGUGACACUAGGUUGUUUCUAUCAAUUUAAGUAUAAGACCUCAAAAAACUUAGUUUUGUUCUUACAGGCAAUCUUGCUGAUGAUUCAGCUCAAGCUUUCCUUUCCACAUACAGUGAAUAUUGUUAGAUUUGUACGAGCUUACAACAAUGAUCGUCUUUUAUUGCCAAGUUUCAUGCUCCAUUUGGUAAAGAGGCCCCGUUUUGACAGAAUUUCUUGUGGAAGAUCUGUUUCAUGAGUUCACUUCUAUUUCGGUCGCUUAUAUCACUCAUUUUAACCAUUAAUGAUUUUGGAAUCGUUUCUGGUGCUUCUAUGGAAAUUUCAAGAUGGAAACGGCAACUUUAUUUAUGCGUGAAAAAGAGACUACCUUGAAAAUAUGCGAUGUUGUUCCCGGACAGCUAAUUUGUCUAUCCCAGAAGGAGUUUUAUAGAAUGAUAGUUGAGUCUAGAAGGAAGUUCCUGGAUGACUAUCAUGUCCACUUCGGGUUCAGUCUUCAGAAUAGUUAGCCCUCCUCCAGAAGAGUUUUGGACAGCUAGUUAUUCUUCCUGGAAGAUAGUUCCGGAUAGUCGACUCUAGCUGGUUCUAUCCUAUUCGGAAGCCUCUUCAGCGAGUGUCUUUGGUCUGUGAUCCUGAAAGCUCGUAUAUGUUCCCAGAUGCACUAAGACGGAUGAUGACAUGGAGAUCUUGCUCAUAAGAGAGUUUGUUAAGUUAGUUAUUGUCUAACUAACUUAACAACUUCCAUUGUUGCAGCCACAAACUUUAAGAUCUUUAUCCUAAGUCUAUAAGUGCCACCUUGACUUGUCUUUUUCAACAGAGGAUUCAGAUUGAGAUUGAGAGUUAGAGAGAGAAAGAGACUGAGAGGUAGAGACAGAGGUACUGAGAAAAGAAAGAGUUCGGGUAUGGAUUUUGUAAGAAGAAUCUUCUAUAGAUGAAGAAGAUUCUUGAGUAAGAGUGUGAGAGUUGAAACACUUUGAGAGAACUCAAUAGAGAAUAUGUUUGUACUGUAAUGUAGUUGUUCUUGCUCAAUCAAUAAAGAAGGUUCAGGGUGUUUCAGAA